AUGGCAUUGCCUACUUUAAGCCGAUUACAGCUGACGCCUGAUAUGAACAUUUGCCGAACUUUAACCGGUUUGUGGCAAGUAUCUGGUGGUCAUGGACGUAUUGAUCCAACCGCUGCUGUGAAAAAUAUGUUUCAUUAUUUGGAUGCUGGCUUUACUACAUGGGAUUUAGCCGAUCAUUACGGACCAGCUGAAGAUCUAAUGGGAGAGUUCAGACGUCAACUACUUGCUGCUCGUGGUAAAGCAGCUGUAGAUAGUCUACAAAUCUUUACCAAAUGGGUACCUCAACCAACGCAAAUGACAAAAAAACUGGUUGAAGAAAAUAUUAAUAAGUCUCUAAGAAGAAUGCAGGUAGAAUCCAUCGAUUUACUUCAAUUUCAUUGGUGGGACUAUGGUAAUAAUAGUUAUCUUGAUGCUCUACGAUAUCUGUCGGAACUUCAAAAAGAAGGCAAAAUUAAGCAUUUAGGUUUAACAAAUUUUGAUACUCAACGCUUAAAAAUUAUCCACGAAGCAGGUAUUAAAAUCGUUUCUAAUCAAGUACAAUUUUCAAUAAUAGAUCGUCGUCCAGAAGUGCAUAUGAUACCAUUCUGUCAACAACACAAUAUUAAACUAUUAACUUAUGGGACAGUCUGCGGUGGUCUACUAUCAGAAAAAUAUCUUAGUAAACCAGAACCACGAAAAGAAGAACUGAAUACUAGUAGUUUAAAAAAAUACAAGAAUAUGAUAGAUAAUUGGGGAGGAUGGCAAUUAUUUCAAGAAUUACUUAAUGUUCUCAAACAAAUUGGAAAUAAAUAUAAUGUUAGUAUUGCUAAUGUUGCUGUACGCUACAUUUUAGACAAGCCAACAGUAGGUGGUGUUAUUAUUGGUGCUAGAUUAGGCAUAAGUGAACAUAUUCAAGACAAUGCCAGAGUAUAUGAAUUCAGUCUUGAUGCCGACGAUACUGAAAAAAUAGAAGCAAUAUCACGAAAAUCACAAGAUUUGUAUCGAUCAAUUGGAGAUUGUGGUGACGAAUAUCGAUAA